UAUUCAUUUCAAUCUGUUGACUUUGAAUUUCAUCCCAUCCUUCCUUCAUUAAAAUCUCAGCCUACUUUAACUGUUUGAUCUAUAAUCUCUCCUUUUUCAUCUCCAGAUUCUGUUCUCGUUUCUGGAUUUGUGUUUUAUCAAUCCAUUAUUUCAAAGUCUGAUCAACUUACGGUGAUUUCUCAAAUUUCCGAUUAUACUGGAUAAAAAUGGUGAACUCCAUGGUGGGAAGAGCCACAAGCGACAUGCUUAUAGGUCCUGAUUGGGCCAUGAAUAUUGAGAUCUGUGAUAUCUGCAACCAUGAUCCUGUAAAACAAGUAGAUAGACGCCUUUUUUGUAUCAAUUGGAGUAGGUUUUCGAUCAGUUGACUAUCUCAAGCUGCAACUUGUUUCGAGGCAAGCUAAGGAGGUUGUAAAAGGCAUAAAAAAGCGUCUAGGAAGCAGGAAUCCAAAAGUCCAACUUCUUGCUUUAACAGGUAAACAACUAGGAAGUGUAAACUUCCACCUUUUGUGUGGCACCUCAUUGGCAAACUAUUGGAAACAAUCGUGAAGAAUUGUGGCGAUUUUGUUCAUAUGCAUGUAGCUGAAAGAGAUGUUCUUAAUGAGAUGGUGAAAAUAGUGAAAAAGAAGCCUGACUUUCAUGUUAAAGAGAAAAUAUUAGUUCUAAUAGAUACAUGGCAAGAAGCUUUUGGAGGGGCAAGAGCAAGGUAUCCACAAUACUAUGCAGCAUACCAUGAGUUAUUGCGUUUAGGGGCUGUAUUUCCACAAAAAUCUGAGAGAGCGACACCUGUCUUUACUCCCCCACAAACACAACCUCUAUCACAAUAUCCACAUGACACACGUAAUCUUGAAAAUGGAAAUGAAGCAGCCGCGUCUUCCGUAGAGGCUGAGUUUCCAACCUUGAGCUUGACAGAAAUGCAAAAUGCACGUGGCAUCAUGGAUGUCCUUUCAGAAAUGCUGACUGCAAUAGAUCCAGGAAAGAAAGAGGGGCUUAGGCAAGAGGUGAUUGUAGACUUGGUGGAACAAUGUCGUACAUACAAAAGAAGAGUGGUCCACUUGGUCAACUCUACUUCGGAUGAAUCCCUAUUAUGUCAAGGAUUAGCUUUAAAUGAUGAUUUACAACGAGUUUUAAGCAAACAUGAAGCACUUCUUACAGGAAUUCCUCUUCCAUCUGAAAAGUCAAAGCCUGAAACUAGUCAAACUAAAGCAUUAGUACCUGUUGAUGCUCCUCUUAUUGAUGCAACAGAAACCAAUCAAAAAGGAUCUGUUAGUGGUGGAUUAGAUUUGAUAUCACUUGCUCCUAUAACAAGUAAUGGGACAUCAACAACAACUCCAACUAGAGUUGACCCUAAGUUUGACCUUUUGAGUGGAGAUGAUUUCAACUCACCGACAGCUGGCAACAAUCUAGCGAUUGUACCCGUGGGUUCACCACAACCCGCUACACCUGUUUCACAGCAGAACGCUCUCGCUCUUGUUGAUAUGUUUUCACUAAAUAACAAUUCUUCUUCUCCUCAAAUCCAACAACCUCAAAACAUGCCACCUCAGCAACCUGGGUUUUAUCAAAAUGGAAAUUCUGGUUAUAGUCAAGGGUCAAAUCCUGCAUGGAAUGGUGGUGGAAGUGGAAGUGGAGGUGGACUGCCGCCACCGCCAUGGGAAGCUCAGCCUGCCGACAACAACCAAUCAGGCGGCGGCCCGCAAUAUUCUCAGCCUCAAAAUUUACAAUCCACCGGAAACAGCAAUAUCCAGGCGAUGCCGCCAAUGCAACAAUUCUCAGGCAGCCAUAUGCCACCAGUGAACCACCAGCCAGUGUAUAAUCAAUUUCCUCAACCACAAUUCCAAGGAGGUGUAGUUCCACCACAGCAGCAAAUGGCUUACUUGAAUCCUCAACAAAUGGCUCAGCAAAUGGCUCAACAAAUGUAUAUUAACCAAAUGGGACAAGCCUAUGUAGGUGGUGGUGGUGGUUAUGGUGGUGGUGGUGGCGGUUAUGGUGGUGGUGGUGGAUAUGGGUAUGGGUAUGGAUACGGGCAGCAACAAAAUGCACAGUAUAUUGAUCAGAGAAUGGCGGGGAUGUCUGUGAGAGAUGACAGUUAUCUGAACAGCACUGUGUACACUGGGCCUUCAAUGGCGAAUGCAUCCUAUGUGCAUGUGCCAUCUGGCAAGCCUACAAAGGCAGAAGAUAAGCUGUUUGGAGAUUUGGUUGACUUUGCAAAAGUCAAACCUAAAACGACACCUGGUAGAACCGGGAGUAUGUGACCUUAUCUAUAUAUAUGUUGUUUGGGUUUGAUAAAUUGUAUUUUUUUUUUGAGAAAUAAUUCUUCUUUUGGGGUUUAUAUUUGUAUGCAAUUAUUUUUUGAGUUUAUGUAUAUUAUGUGAUGGAACUUGAAGAAGUUUUUCUUCCUGAGAAAGUCUAUAUGUAUAUUGUUGUGCUUU